AUGCACGCUCUCUUAAUAUCUCUCACUGCAUUGGCCAUAGGUUGCUUUGUCUCUGCAGCGCCUAUCACUACUGUUAAUAGUACCCUGGUCACUCGAUAUGAUCACUGUAACAGAGCCGGUGUUUUUGCUCUGACUUUUGAUGAUGGCCCAUCUCAAUACUCAUAUGACUUGGCAAAGUCAUUGCAUCAGCAAGGCAUCAAGGCAACUUUCUUCAUUAACGGCAAUAACACAGUUGACAUUCUCAACAACAAGACUCCUACAAAUACCUCGGAUGGCAUGAAGACCUAUCUUGAAGUCGUUAAAUAUUAUUAUGAUGCCGGACAUGAGCUUGCAAGCCAUAUCUAUGAGCAUCUCAAUUUAGCGGGCAAGACAGAGGCUGAAGUGAGAAGGCAGAUGAAUGCACAAUCGGAUGUCAUCUUUGCUGCCACUGGAAGAAGACCUCAAUUGAUGCGUCCACCAGAAGGUGCCUUGGAUGACAAUGCCAGCCGAGUCCUGAAAGAACUUGGUUAUAGCAAUGUGAUGUGGGACGUUGAUCCUAAGGAUUGGGAGCGCAAGGGAUUAGCCGCUGAACAAUCUAUUGUCCAAACCAUCAUGGAUGCAGAUACACCUACUACAUUGGGACAUAUUGGCCUCUUGCAUGACAUUCAUCUUUCUACAGUAAAUACACUUGUACCUUGGAUCACACAGUAUGUCAGACAAAAAGGGCUGCAGUUUGUCACCGUAUCUGAUUGUAUUGGUGUUGCUGCUUAUCAGGCAACCGUUUAA